CGCGCCGCUUGCACGCUGCAGGGCCUCGGAGCCGGCCUGCGCCUCCCUCCGCUCCGGCGGGCCUCGGGUAGAGGGGUGGAAGAUGUCUAUGGAUGUCACCUUUCUUGGGACAGGAGCAGCAUAUCCAUCGCCGACCCGGGGCGCCUCUGCGGUGGUUCUUCGGUGUGAGGGCGAGUGCUGGCUCUUUGACUGUGGGGAGGGAACACAGACCCAGCUUAUGAAAAGCCAGCUUAAAGCAGGGAGAAUUACCAAGAUCUUCAUCACGCAUCUUCAUGGAGACCACUUCUUUGGCCUUCCAGGCCUGCUCUGCACCAUCAGCCUACAGAGUGGCUCUUUGGUCACCAGGCAGCCUAUUGAAAUCUAUGGCCCUGUCGGGCUUCGGGACUUUAUCUGGAGAACCAUGGAGCUCUCUCACACAGAGUUGGUUUUUCCUUAUGUGGUUCAUGAGCUAGUUCCCACAGCUGACCAGUGUCCUGUAGAAGAACUUAGAGAAUGUGCACACUUGGAUGAAGCAGACAGCUCUCCCAAAGGACAAGGACGAACUAUCUUGCUAGAUGCAGAAGAAAACUCCUACUGUCUGGUUGAUGACGAGCAGUUUGUGGUAAAAGCAUUUCGCCUCUUUCAUAGAAUUCCAUCCUUUGGCUUCUCAGUUGUGGAAAAGAAGCGUGCUGGUAAACUCAAUGCACAGAAGCUGAGAGAUCUCGGUGUGCCACCAGGUCCUGCCUACGGGAAGCUGAAAAACGGAAUUUCUGUUGUUUUGGAUAAUGGAGUUACAAUUUCUCCCCAAGAUGUCUUAAAAAAGCCUAUGGUUGGAAGAAAAAUCUGCAUCCUGGGUGACUGUUCUGGGGUUGUGGGUGAUGGGGGAGUGAAGCUGUGCUUCGAAGCAGACCUGUUGAUCCACGAGGCAACUCUGGAUGAUUCCCAGAUGGACAAAGCGAAAGAGCACGGCCACAGCACGCCACAGAUGGCAGCAGCAUUUGCAAAGCUGUGCCGUGCCAAGAGGCUAGUUCUGACUCACUUCAGUCAGAGGUACAAACCGACCGCCUUAGCGAGGGAAGGGGAGACAGACGGCAUCGCAGAACUGAAAAAGCAAGCAGAGUCUGUCUUAGAGAUCCAAGAAGUGACUCUAGCAGAAGAUUUUAUGGUGAUCGGCAUUCCGAUCAAAAAAUGAAACCCGAGCUCCUGAAUGCAUUAAUGUGGAUGUGGUAUGGAUGUAUUACCAGACCUGCACUACAGAUUUUUUUGUUGUGCACUGUGAAUGAUUGCUUUUUUUCUUUAAAAUUACUUUGGCCCUAAUAAUCCUAAAGAUGGAGCUGGAUUGCUGGGCUGACUCAGUCAUGAGAGGGAACAAGAUUUUAAAUAAUCAUUUUUAAAAGAUGAAAAAAUUUAAAUGAUUUAAAAUUUAAAUUUUAAAUGAUGAAUACCUUUCUUAAAGUACAGAUGUGACAGAAUAAUCCGUUGUGCAGGGGUACUUAUUUUGUGGCUACUGCUACAGAUAGAAUUCAACACUCUGUGCAGUGUUGGACUUAGCUUUGCCCAGCUUAGUUGCCAUUGUUGGCAAAGUAUAUAAGAUUGGGUACUCUUGGCUAAAAAAGAUGGUAGCAGAAUUUGUGUAGAAUUUGUGUUCCUAACACAGGGAUAAACGUAUGGGGCGAUACACGGGCAGUAUUGAUAAUGCAGUGGCGCUUUCGCGGGAACAGUCAGUGCAGGUUUGGACUAAGUUUUAUCUUAGCACUUUCUUCAGCAUUCUGGUUUCCUUUAGCACAUGGUCCUGGGUAGUCUCCUGGGAACUAGACAUGAUGGGAUGGUUCCUCUCAUUGCAGGGGCAGAGGGGAGAUGGUGACAGCACAGGAGUUUAGUCAGUGGGGUCAGGAAUGCCAUAUGUGCUGGGCAGUUUACGUUAGUCCUGCGUAAUGAUUACCUCAAAGGUCUAGGCCUGUUCAGAGACUCAAAGUAACCCUCAUAUUCCCAGUGUGAAUAUGCUCUGCCAAAGUUAGUGAUGUAGUGGAGUGGAUUAAUAGAUGAGCCAAGUCCUCCAGUAGGAGGGGAAGGAUACGCAUGUCAGAAUUACAUGCCACAUCAAGUAUUAUUUGGAAAAAUGAGUCAUCAAGUGAAUCUUGUAGAUGUGGAGAGAGACAGUCACCCCCACCCCAGGCAGAGACUGCCUCGGGCCUAGUGGUCCUGAAUCUGCGGCAUGAUUGAGUGUGGAGUUGGAUAGAGAGCUGCUGCCUCUGCUUCCAGACACUAAGUUAGAAGGUCAGUGUGGACCUGAUGCUGCAUUGCCAAGCUGCCUGAGUGAUUCUGAAAGACAUGGGUGUCUUUUUUCUAUGUAUUUAAAUUGAGGGUAUAUAUAUUUUAUAGAUUCUUAUAUAUGUUUGUGUAUUAUAUACUUUAUGAUGCAUAUUUUUACAUGAAGGCUGACCUCCCUCCACUAUUUUCCUAAAGCAAAAUAAAGAUAUUUUAUUGGACAAAUAAAAGCUAGGAGUUUAUUAUCAGAAAAUCCUCUGUAAGAAAUUCUGAAGCAUAUUUUGGCAAAAUAAAAAUAAUGUUGGAAGGCUGAGAGAGCAUAAGAGGCAAAGAGAUGGCUGGUGUCGAGAGGCUGACUACAGGGCCUAAAGGGGCAAAGAGAUGGCUGGUGUCAGAGGCUGACUACAGGGCCUAAAGGGGCAAAGAGAUGACUGCUGUCGAGAGGCCGACUACAGGGCCUGCCGACUCAUUAGCACCAAAUAGUCUCUCAAAGUGCGAGACUUAAGGUAACUUUAGAGUUGCAUCAUUUAAUAAUGUCGUUUUCUCCGAGUACUGAGGUUGUUUUCUGUGAGUAGAAGUAAAAUGGACACGUGGUUCUCUUGUUUUCAAAUCUCUAUCUUCGAGUAGUUCCUCCUUUCUAGUUCUUUCUGUGUUACAGAACAGCUUAGUUAAGCAUGGUGGCACAAGCCUGUCACCUCACCAUUUGCAAGGCUAAGGCAGGAAAACAUGAGCCCUGGCUACAUAGUAGGACUUUAUCUUAAAACAAAAACAAAACCGAAAAUGUGACUUGUAACACAUUUCAUCUUCCUUCACAUUCUUCAGGAGUGGCCUGCUUUAUUCUAUUGAAGAGAUGACUUCAUCAACUCACACACCUAAGUCCUACCUUCUUUUCCAUCUCUCCCUGUCUUUAACAAGGUCUCACCGUGCAGCCCAAACUGGCCUGAAGCUGGGGUUAUAAACAUGCGUUUAGAAUCUGCCCAUCGUGUUUUGAAUAUUUCUUUUCCGAGAAAAUUUUAUAAUUUUUAGGCUGGGAGUAUAGCCUGGUGGUAGAGCACUUGCUUAGUUUUGAUCUGUAGUGUGAGAGGAAAGAUGAUCACUAUCUCCCAGAGCGAAUAUCUUUAUUGUGCCUUUAAGUUAAUACAGAUAAUUCAACUCUUUCUUUUCUCUGAAUAUUCUGAUGUCAGCUUGAAAUUUUGCACUUUUUUUCUUCUUAAUGAAGUAAGAAUCCGUCCCAAAUGUGUCUGUCCCAAAUGAACACUGAUGGUACUUUAAUUCACAAAGGUAUGUUGAUAGUGAAAUGUACCAGAUCUGUCUUCACGACAGAGUUGAGGGCUUGUGAAGUUGAGAGUGAUAGGAGUAUUGAUCCCCUUCUUUCUCUUUCUUCUUUUUUCCAUUAAGAUUGGGGUCUCAUGUAGCUCAGGCUAGCCUUGAACUUGCUAUGUAGCCAAGGAUGACCUUGACUUUGUGAUGCUUCUGCCUCCACCUCUUAUGUCACCAUGCUAGGUUUACGUGGUGCUGAGGACGGAGCCCAUGUCAGGUCUCUGUGAUGCUGAGGAUGGAGCACAUGUUAGGUCUGUGAUGCUGAGGAUGGAGCCCAUGUCAGGUCUUUGUGAUACUGAGGAUGGAGCCCAUGUCAGGUCUGUGUGAUGCUGAGGACAGAGCCCAUGUUAGGUCUGUGUGAUACUGAGGACGGAGCCCAUGUCAGGCCUGUGAUGCUGAGGACAGAGCCCAUGUCAGGUCUGUGAUGCUGAGGACGGAGCCCAUGUCAGGUCUGUGAUGCUGAGGACGGAGCCCAUGUCAGGUCUGUGUGAUGCCAAGGAUGGAGCCCAUGUUAGGUCUGUGUGAUACUGAGGACAGAGCCCAUGUCAGGUCUGUGAUGCUGAGGACGGAGCACAUGUUAGGUCUGUGUGAUGCUGUGUGAUACUGAGGACGGAGCCCAUGUCAGGUCUGUGUGAUGCCAAGGAUGGAGCCCAUGUUAGGUCUGUGUGAUACUGAGGACAGAGCCCAUGUCAGGUCUGUGAUGCUGAGGAUGAAGCCCAUGUCAGGUCUGUGUGAUGCUGUGUGAUACUGAGGACGGAGCCCAUGUCAGGUCUGCUUGAUGCUGAGGACGGAGCCCAUGUCAGGUCUGUGAUGCUGAGGACGGAGCCCAUGUCAGGUCUGUGUGAUGCUGAAGACAGAGCCCAUGUCAGGUCUGUGUGAUACUGAGGACAGAGCCCAUGUCAGGUCUGUGAUGCUGAGGAUGGAGCCCAUGUCAGGUCUGUGUGAUAUUGAGGACAGAGCCCAUGUCAGGUCUGUGAUGCUGAGGAUGGAGCCCAUGUCAGGUCUGUGUGAUACUGAGGAUGGAGCCUAGGACUCUAUACCAGCCAAGCAUCUCAGAGCCCAGGCAUGUGGGGCUUUUGUUUGGUUUGUUUUUUUAGGGGAUACUAAAAAGGAAGCACUCAGUGCACCUUUGACUCUUCUUUCUUGACAGAAGAACUAAGUCUAAGGGGAGACUGUGGGACAGUAGUGUAUAAUUUUUCUUUU